CUUUCUGUUCAGGUGUGACAUCCUCAGUAUUUACACAGUCGAGUACACCGUUCACAUGUAAUACUUGACCUAUAUCAUUUCUGAGCACCCGUACCAAUUCGGGUGCCUGCAUGGAGGACUCAGUUUGUCGCAAUGUUGCGGCAGAUUGUGGGAGGAUUGACAUGGACCUAUCCUCCUCCACGGAGGACAGUGAGGCCUCAGAUGACUCGGGAAUAUGGAUGUCAGUACUCAAGUGUUACAUAUGUGGAGAUUUGUUCCGGAAACCUCGGAUACUGCCUUGUGGACAUACGUUCUGUUCAGACUGUUUGUUAUCGCUACGAGAUGAAGUGGCCAUGGAGUUUAAGAAGAAGUACAAGGCUGCCUUUAGGAGAGGUGAAAGUGGUGUGAUGACCUGUCCACAUCCAGAAUGUGACUAUUCGCUGAGAAUCAUGAAUCUGAGGAGAUGGACUAUGAAAAACAAAGCAGCUGCAGAAGCUGUUGGAAUGUUGAGAAGGAAAAUCCAGGACAAAAGGGAUAGUGCAACACAGACAAAUCUUCAGCUUGGAAACAAAUCUCUGUCUUUUCCAAGGAUUGUGUAUACAGUCUCUCGACAGCCACAAGAGGAGACCACAACACAUACAAGUAACAUGGAACAUAUGACUAAUUCGUUGUUAAGAAUGGACCCAAUCAGCAAAUCACAUCUGUCAUUAAACACAGAGGUCAAAUCUUGGAGGUCAUUAGCUACAUUAAUUGGUAUGAAUUUGGUAGGCGAGAUGUUUUCUCUGACGUACUAGUUUCACAUUGCUCAUAUAUAUACUUAACAAUGUGCCAUAUAAUGAACCAUAUAGUACCUUUCUUCAAUUUCCCCUUUCGCUUAGAUUUCGAAAUUCAUUGAAGUUAGAAUUGGUUACUGUUUUAAACGCUGAAAUCCCCAAUAUUAACAUCUGUAAGUUAAAAUAUUAACAAUACGUCAUAGAUUGGUAUGAAUUUGGUAGGCGAGAAUAAAUAAUAUCAUCCUGUUUCUUUAAUGACACCUUUCGCAUUCUUUUCGAAAUAUGUUAAAGAAAAAAAAGGAACUGAUAAAAAAAAGCAUACACUAAUCUUUUUUGGAAGGAUAAAUUCGGAUGAUCCGUAAACACCACAUUUGUCGUUUUCGUUUCUCAAUCUGUGCAAAUGUUCUGAGGUGAAAUAUAGUACGGAUGUCGUAAGAAAAAAAAAACCCUUUCCAAAAUGAAGAUAUGAACAUAAAAAAAAUAGACACCAAAAAAAGUACCAAAUAGGGGUGUGAAUAGCGAUUUUCAGCGCAACCCAUUACAAGUUAUCAGGGAUUUUUACAGCAUUCAGUUUUUCUGUAAAUAAGAAAACAUGUAUCUAAUAUCAUUGUUGUAACCAUUAGUCUUUCACAUGUUAACAUUUUAUUGAUUGUUAUGAGAUAA